GGGACAAAAAACUAAAUGAAUUGUAAUUGAAAUUUUGUAUUUUUCAUUAGAAUACAAACUUGUGGGAAAGAAAGGAGAGGGAACAUUUUCAGAGGUCAUCAAAUCACAAUCAUUCAAAACAGGAAACUAUGUGGCUAUCAAGUGUAUGAAAAAUAAAUUCACAUCUAUUGAAUAAGUAAACAUUUCUAAGAAGUUUAAAGGUCAAUCAUUUAAGAGAGAUUCAAGCUCUUAGGAAAUUGAGUCCUCAUGAACACAUCAUUAAGCUAAUCGAAGUUCUAUAGUAACACAUUUUAUAAUUAUUAUGGUAGUGAUGAACCUACAGGAAGAUUGGCAUUAGUAUUUGAAUUAAUGGAGCAGAAUCUCUAUGAACAUAUCAAGGGUAUGAAGAUAUUCAUCCUAAUUAGGCAGAAGACAACCGUUGAAUCCUUAGAAAGUUAAAUCCUUUAUGUACUAACUGCUAAAAUCGAUUGAUCAUAUGCAUAGAAAUGGCAUCUUCCAUAGAGAUAUCAAGCCGUAAGCAUAUACAAUUUAAAUAGUGAAAACAUUUUACUGAAUUCAGAUCAUUUGAAACUUGCAGAUUUUGGAUCAUGCAAAGGCAUUUAUUCAAAGCAUCCUUAUACAGAGUAAGAAUUGCCUUAACGUGAUUAUAGAUAUAUCUCUACUAGAUGGUACAGAGCCCCUGAAUGUUUAUUGACUGAUGGGUAUUAUGACUAAAAGAUGGAUUUAUGGGGCGUGGGAUGUGUGAUGUUUGAAAUCAUAGCAUUAUUUCCUCUCUUUCCAGGAACUAAUGAAUUAGAUCAGGUUAACAAGAUCCAUAAUAUUUUGGGAACUCCAAAUCCCAAGGUUUUUGACAGAUUCAGAAAGUAACAUAAUUCAAUUUUGAUAAUAGAUAAGCCACUCAUAUGGAAAUUAAUUUCCCCAAUAAACAUGGCAGCGGUAUUGAGAGACUUCUACAGGGAUAAACCAAGGAGUGCAUUGAUCUAAUUAAAAUGUUAUUGGUGUAUGACCCUGAGGAGAGAAUUACUGCUCAAACAGCAUUGAGACAUGAAUAUUUUAGAGAACUCUAUGAAGCAGAUGCAACUCAAAAGAGUUUUCAACAUACUCUCUAAAAUAUCAAGAUUUCUAAUCAUCGAGAAUAGUAAUCAAAUUAUCUAUAAAUUAGGAAUGACAAUUCUUUGGAAAAAAGUCAAAGAAUUGAUGAAGGUAAAUAGAUUCAUCAACCGAAUUUUAAGAAGACACAGAAUUAUUAUGCUAAAUCUUAGAAGAAAUCUGGAGUAAUUGUAAUAUUUUAGAUUAUAGUUGCCUUCCUUACAAUUUGAUUUGAAGGUAGAGAGUAUAUAUAAGAACACUCAACAUCAUGAUAGUGAUGACGAUUUAGAUAAGCAGUCUUCAAAUAAAUAAGUGCUGCUGCCUGAAAUCAAGAAAAAGAAAAAGUAUGAUCCCAAAGUUAUUUAUGGGAAAUAGCAAUAUCAAUCUAGCCAAGCAUAUUAGUUUAAUUCAAAAGGUAUAUGCUGCAUUUAUAUAUAAGCUGGCAAAAAAAUGGCACAUGGAUUAUAAGCCGAUUAUAUAGUUUACGGAAAGAAAGCAGUGAAUUAAUAAGUCUUAGGCUGA